GCAAACAGCGGCUCCAAGUGCUGUCGGCCGGGUUCUACAGGGGCCAGCCCCGCUAGACCCUGCCAAGCUGCAGGCUGCAUCGACUUCUCGGUACCACAGGCGAGGUACCUAGGUACCUAGGUACUUAGUAAACACAGACAAUCACAGCACAGGAGCGGCAUCAUAGCCUCCCGGAUUGUUAACCUAGGUAUUUACCUACCUUGACUUGUAUUAAAGCUCACCCCUGAUUCCAAAGCAUCCUGCGUGACCCAUCCCUCGUUAUAUCAUGACAGAUCGCUACGGCCACCCCCGGCAGACCGUCUUUGGUCGCAGGCACGCGUCGGCGGCCGCCACAGUCUCGUACUCAGACACCAGGCAAGCUCACCCACCCGCCUCGUCGGCGGCGCAGCAGGCACAGCAGGGCGCUCCCGCCCACCCAAAAUCCUCGUCAAACGCCGGGGUCCGCCGGAACCUCUUCCAGGGCCAGCUCACCAGACGGCCGACGACGGGGCCGGGCAGCAACAGCUCGGGCGAGCCGGGCGCGGGCAGCCGGGGCGCCGGCGACCUCGACGGGAUGGAGGUGGAGGAGGACGACUCUGCCUCGUCCGACAUCGUGGUGCGCGACAAGAACGGGGAGGUGGAGCUGUACGAGCCGCCGCCUCUGGUGGUGGACGACCCGGACGAGAUCGCGCUCGAUAUGCGCCAGGAGAACGAGAAGGAGAGACAGAGGCUCGCCGACGCGGUGAAGCACCAUCAGAACAUAGUGAACCAGAGUAGUGCUCCGGCUCAACCAGAGGAAUUGUUCGAAGCUGUUAGGGCCAGUCUCAGAGCCAAAGUCGCGGCGUUGUCAGAAGACAAUUGGAUGUAUGAGAAGGAGGACGAACCACGACUGGUCUGAGACCAGGCGGGAACACCCCAAUGCACUUCCUACACCGACCUUGCCUAUGCUGUAUGUGGGUAUCAUGUACUAUCCACCACCAAUAAUACCAAUAUCAGCCAUGGGCUUUGGUUAUCCGCCUUUCUAAUCUAGACCCUCAGCACUCGGAGCCUCGACCCGCCUGACGGGUGGCUUCCUCGCCCCGCCACCGCCACCACCGGGUGCGCCCCCGAACAGGCUGCCCAUCAUGUCGAACAGAGGGUUGCUCUGCCGCGGUCGUUGGAUGCCAAAGUACAUUUCGGCGAUCAUCUCCAGCGCCUCGUCCCACGCGCCGACCUCCGCAAUGUGCGUCGCGUACUUGGCCUGCAGCUGCUUGAACAGGUCCGGGCUCGCCUUCUGCACGGCGAGCAGCAGCAGCCCCAGGAAGUUCAGAAGCGGCAGGCUGGGGAAGAUGCGCACGUCCGAGCCGCCCGAGCCGACGUCCUGCACGCCCAGCCCGGCGCCCUUGUCCUCGCUGAGCUUGGAGGUAAACGCCCUGUAGGCCGUGUUGGCUGCCCGGACGUUGGCGACGAGGAGGUACGGGAGCACCGCCCGGGCGCAAUACAGGGCCGCCGUGUGGCUGUCGUCCUCCUUGUACCACUCAUACUCCAUUCGCGUGAGCAACUCGGCCGAGUCGCGUGUGCCAAGGACCAGGUGGCGCUCUGCCUCGUAGGUCUCGUGCUCCGAGGCGAAGAGGCUGCCUGCGACGUGGUGCAGUUCUGGGUCGCCUGCUGGGUACUCGCCGAACUUGGAAGACCAUCUGCCAUGACGUACGUGUCAGCCACCGUGAUCACAACAUAGGGUCGGUUCCGGGGGUUCCGUGUUGAGAGGAACCGAGGGGUGUCCACACCGGAAAGGGGAGCACUCACGCGAUCAUCUCCCCAACGAACUUCUUCCUCGUCGGCUCCCCGGCCGGGAAAAGCCUCAGACACGUCAACAGCCUGCCCCUCGAGGUGGCGUCCGGCUUCAGCUCCGCCUGCUUGUAGACCUCGACGAGGAACACGCUGAGGUCACCGCCGGCACCUCCCUCGCCGGCCUUGAGCAGCGACUGCGACACAUUGUAGAGGAUCUCUAUCGCCGCGUUCCAGUUGGCGGCCUUGAUAUACCGCGCUGCGACGACGCGAGUCUGCUGCUGGGCCUCGUAGUACUGCCCCUCACCGAUGCGGGCCUGCAGCCGCGUGAUGAUCUUGUCGAUCUUGUCCGCCUUUGCGUUUGCCAUGAUCUGGUCGAGUAGGUCGGGAUUUCCCUUAGGGAGACGGUCUUGUGCAGCUCGAGUUUACGGAGUGUUAGUUCGUGAGGGGUGUGGAAAAUCGUUGGACUAAGAUCAGCGUCGUGAUAAUAAUUACGUCGUCAGUGAAGCUGUUCCUGAGCUUGAAGCUCUA